CAAGAAAAUAGCUACUGAAUCAUGGCGAUCGCUUUUGUUCUUUUCAAAAAUGAAGUAUUUCUUUUGAGAGCUAUCGACAGUAUGCCAAGGAGCAACGGCGACAAUGACAUAGACGACGAUGAAUUGACCGUCAAAAUGACGCCUAAAUCAAUGGGAAUCGCUUCCGUCAAGUCUCGUGCUAUUGCCAUGGACCGCGCUCUUUGCAGGGAACUAUCACGCUAUCAUCCGCAUUAUCCGCGAUGUUUUGAGUAUUGCAAAAAGUUAAACCACUGGAUGGGAAUGUGCCGACGUGAAAGUUGUCAUUGUUAUUCCUAAAAUGAACAAAAUAUUUAUAUGUAACUGACAUAUAUAAAUAACAAUAAAAUACCAUUAACUGUAGCUCUGGCUGGCUUUCC